UCCACCUUAGCACUUCUGAGCUAAGCGCAAGCCGAACCAUGAGGACCCUGGUUGUCGCUCUCCUCGUCUGCGGCCUGGCCGGCGUCUGCCUUGCUGGUGGCUACGGCGGCUUCGGUGGCUAUGGUGGCGGCUUCGCACUUGGAUACGGCGGCUACGGUGGCGGCCAUGGUCUUGGCUACACCAAAACUGUUCCCGGGCCCUCCUUCCUCGUGAAGACUGUGCACCACGUGAACAGGAUUAGCCACGGAGCUCACCUGGUUGGCGGCCACUACGGCGGCGGAGGAUACGGCGGUGGCUACGGCGGAGGAUACGGCGGAGGAUACGGCGGAGGGUACGGAGGCUUCGGCGGACACUACGGCGGUUACGCUCUGAAGGGUUGAGUGCAACAAUAGUUAUGCCUUUAACGGCAAGGAGCAAGAUGACAAGCCACAAACACCGGCACCUGUUGUCUUCUCUCUGUAAAUUUUGUAAAAAAUGCUGCGGCUUU